AUGGUAUUAAAAAUAGUCGUUUUGAUGUACUUUGUCAAUGGUUUUAUUAUUUUGGGAUUGGCCGGACCUUUUGAUAAGGCAAAAAAAAUUAAUGAUGUGGUUGAAGAUUACGGUUAUCCGUUUGAAAUAUACAAUCUUGGAACAGAAGAUGGGUACAUUCUGCAAAUACAUAAUAUACCUUUUGGACGAAACGUAUUAAAAGGGAGUCCUAAAAAUAAUAAACCAGUGGUUCUCGUCAUGCAUGGAAAUUUAGGAUCUUCAGCAGACUGGGUUGUAACUGGUCCCAGUAAUGGUUUAGCUUUUCUUUUGGCUGAUAGCGGCUACGACGUAUGGCUCGGAAAUAAUCGAGGGAAUACAUACUCUAAAAAUCACACGAUGUUUCUGGAAACAAGUUACGGAUUCUGGGAUUUUAGUUGGCAUGAAAUGGGAAUCCAGCAAGUCUUCACGAAGAAAUUCUGCGAAGACAUAUCCUUCACGAAGCCGCUUUGUUUUAUGGUCAUAUCUUCGGUUAGUGGACAAGGUGGGGCUGGACAAAACACGACUAUUUUGGCUGGGUUGCUUCCUUACUUUCCUGCUGGAUGCUCUACGAAGCAGUUACUUCAUUUUGGAUUUGGCUUUGAAAAUCCCAAUACGUUUCGCCAAUACGACUAUGGAGUAGCCAAAAAUUUGAUAAAAUAUAAAUCAGUAACUCCUCCAGAAUAUCCCCUGGAAAAGGUUACAGUGCCUGUAGCUAUUUAUCAUGGAACUAACGACUUCUUAGUUGACCCAAAGGACAUCGCCUUGCUUGAAAAUAAACUGAAAAAUAUUGUUCGAGUUUCAAUCUGCAAUGCAAGUUUAAAUCAUUUUGAUUUCAAUUAUGGUAGUAACAUACGUAUGGAAGCAUACAAUGAUGCUCUGAAAUUGAUGGAAGGGUACUAACCUUAUAAA